UAUUCGAGCAUUUUCUUGGGAAAGCCAAUUUAUCCGCCAUGAUUGAUGAUAAACAAUUCCUGUAAAUAUCACGUGCAAAGAAGAUUAACAUCUUCACAAAAUUCCAAACAUUUCUCAUACUAUAGCAUAAUAAAUCCACAGCCAGUGCCGUCAACGACAAUGCUUUCCUACAAACCACGCUCAAAUUUCAACCACAUUUCGUUCAAAUCCCACUUUUCGCUCAUUUUCUCUCAAUCUGCUCUCACUUUUCCUAAAUGGGUACGAACCCACUGAAAAUCUGAGCACCGAAAAACCACCCACGGACUGCUUUUGCUUUGCUCUGUUGCAAAACCAUGGACCCAUUGAAGCUCCGCCGUGUGUUGGUGAUUCUUUUUCUGGGUUUUGUGGGAUGGCCCAUGUUGUUGAUUGGCGCCGGUGGUUCGGGGAGUUGUCGAUUUCCGGCUGUGUACAACUUCGGUGACUCGAACUCAGACACUGGAGGAAUAUCGGCUGCGUUCAAUGUGUUUGAGUCACCUAAUGGCAUGACCUUCUUUGGACACCCUUCUGGGAGGGCCUGUGAUGGCCGUCUUAUUAUAGACUUUAUAGCUGAGAAGCUGAAAUUUCCUUACCUGAAUGCAUAUUUGGAUUCAGUAGGAACAAGCUUUAGGCAUGGAGCUAAUUUUGCAACAGGUGGUUCAUCAAUUCGUCCUGGUGGUUACAGCCCUUUUCAUCUUGGCCUCCAAGUGUCACAGUUCAUCCAAUUCAAAUCCCGCACCACGUAUCUAUACAAUAGACUUCAAUCCAACAACAGGACAACUAUUCUAAUCAAAAGCAAUAUAGCAAGGCCCCAGGAGUUCUCGAAGGCGCUAUACAUGUUUGAUAUUGCACAAAACGAUCUCUCGUAUGGUUUCCAACACUCAUCUGAAGAACAAGUUAGAGCUUCCAUUCCAGAUAUACUUAACACAUUCUCUGAAGCUGUGCAACAAGUAUAUAAGGAGGGGGCAAGAUAUUUCUGGGUGCAUAAUACAGGUCCAGUUGGAUGUCUGCCUUUUUCUAUUUUGGAUAACCAUAGGCCAGGUAAUAUAGACAGCAUAGGGUGUGUGAAGAGCGCGAAUGAAGUCGCUCAAGAACUCAAUCGACAACUUAAGAAUCUGCUGGUAAAGCUGAGGAAAGAGCUUCCUUUAGCUAGAAUUACGCUUGUAGACAUGUAUUCAGCCAAAUAUUUUCUUGUUAGCAAGGCGAAAACUGAAGGUUUUUUAAGUCCAGUGAGCUUUUGCUGUGGGAGUUUCCAUGGCUUUCACCUCAACUGUGGGAAGAAAGAAGUUGUGAAUGGAACAGUUUAUGAGAAUAAUGCUUGCAACGAUCCAUCAAAGCAUAUAAGUUGGGAUGGCAUACACUACUCUGAGACUGCAAACUUGUGGAUUGCUGACCACAUUUUGAAUGGCUCAUUUUCAGACCCACCUUUGCCAAUUGACAAAGCUUGUCAAGCUCUCUAAUAAUGCAUGAUGAUAAUGAUAGUUUUUAGUUUGUUGAAUUUCUUGUUGAUUCUUGUAGAACAGUUGCUUCUAAUAUAGGCUGUAAUCUGAUCCAAAGAAGCCUUGAAUUUUUCAUUUGAAGAUGAAGAUAUUACAACACCUUUUUUAUAAAAAAAAUAACAUAUAUGGUCCUAACGGAUUCUCCUUUCAA